CCGUUUGACCAGGUCAGUACUGGUUUUGACCUUAAAAUAUAUAUGUGUUUAUUAUGACUUGAUUAGUGGCAUUAGUUAAAUGAAAGCGAAGAAGGCAACAGCGAUGAUGGUUUGUAAUUGUUAAUGAGGAAGUUUGUUGUUGUAUGUGCGUUAGUAGUGCAAGUUCGAGAGAUUAUCUAUCAUCAUCGGUUGCGUAUAGUGUGCCGGUAAUAUUGAAUGAACUGAGGCGAGUGUAAAUACGAGUAGUCUGUAUGAUCUAAAAAAUGAAUAUUAUAUCAACCAUUCUAUAUUUUUGCCUUUACCAUGUGGUUAAAGGUGUUUUACACAAAGGCGGUAUACUAUAUCCUAGAGAAUCAGAAACGCGCCAAAUUCAAAGUUUGGAUGGAUUAUGGAAUUUCGUUGUAAUGAACAACAGCAAUCCAGUUUUAGGAUUUAAACAGCAUUGGCACAAGAAAAGCUUAAGAGAGCUUGAUCUUGAUGUACAACUUAUGCCAGUGCCAUCCAGUUACAACGACAUUACCACUGACUGGCAGAUAAGAGAUCAUGUAGGUUUGGUAUGGUACGAACGAACGUUCUUUGUACCGAAAUUCUGGUCUGAAAUUGGAAGGGUUUGGUUACGGUUUGAGUCGGUUUCUUAUGCAGCUCAAGUAUGGAUAAAUGGACAGCAAGUUAUGAUCCACGAGAUAGGUCAUUUACCGUUUUUAGCCGAAAUUACGGCUUAUUUGCGAUACGGAUUAGAAAACAGAAUUACUGUAUCCUGUGACAAUACUCUGCUUCCUGAUACAGUACCACAAGGAUACGUCAAAGAACUACAAAAUGGAAGAUUGCAACAGACGUAUACGUUUGAUUUUUAUAAUUACGCUGGUAUUGACAGGCCAGUCAAAUUAUACACUACUCCAAAGACUUACAUAGAUGAUAUCACUGUUAUCACCUUAGAAGCAACGCCAACAAAUGCAUUGCUUCAGUAUAAUGUCUCCGUAAUAGGAGAUUACAACGUUACCUGCAGAGUAACGCUCGUUGAUAAAAACAAAAAUGUAGUGACCGGUCAGUUGCACAGCCCAGAUUUUUUUGGUUCGCUCCGUGUUGAAAAUCCUAAACUAUGGUGGCCGUAUCUGAUGAACCCGGAACCAGGAUAUUUGUAUUCCUUGGAGGUUGAGUUAUUGGAUUCUUACGGAGAUUUGGUGGACAAGUACAUUCAACCAGUUGGUAUCAGGACGUUGACAUGGACAAAUAAACAACUAUUGAUUAACAGCAAACCGGUAUAUUUACAUGGUUUUGGAAGACAUGAAGAUUCGGAUAUUAGAGGGAAAGGACUGGACCUACCUUUGAUAAUCAGAGAUCACAACUUGAUCAAAUGGAUAGGAGCAAACGCUUAUCGCACAUCACACUAUCCCUACGCCGAAGAGAUCAUGGACUUGGCGGAUCAAAUGGGGAUCAUGAUCAUCGACGAGUGCCCAAGCGUUAACACUGAAAAUGACGCACAAUUUCUCAUUUUUAGAAUUUUCUCUAAUAGCAUGUUAGUGAAACAUCAAAGUUCUCUGACUCAAUUAAUACAAAGAGACAAGAACAGACCAGCUGUUAUCAUAUGGUCGGCUGCAAACGAACCCAGAACGCAAUAUCCUGCGGCUAAGGAGUACUUUAGGCAGAUUAUUCAACACAUCAAGAACUUGGAUACAACCAGACCUACUACCAUAGUGGAAGCUCAAGGUUCUGGGACUACUCAAGCAUCAGAAUUUGUAGAUAUCGUCAGCUUCAACAGAUACAACGCUUGGUAUAGCAAUGAAGGAAACUUAGACCUUGUAAUCGAAAAUGUAGUUAAUGAAGCAACAAGUUGGAACACGGUAUACAACAAACCUGUAAUAAUGCAAGAGUACGGUGGGGAUACCAUGGCAGGAUUACACUUUCUACCGAAUUUUAUAUGGUCCGAGGAGUAUCAAGUUGGGUUAUUAUCCAGACAUUUCCAGGCAUUCGAUUUUUUGAAAAUUCAAGGUUUCUUUAUCGGAGAGUUUAUUUGGAACUUUGCUGAUUUCAAAACAGCGCAAGAUUACAAAAGAGUGGGAGGGAAUAAAAAAGGCAUUUUUACAAGAAACCGACAACCUAAAUCGAGCGCUCAUUUGCUGAGAAAAAGAUACUGGUAUUUAGCGAAAGAAUACAACAACAAUCUAUCCUUGCCGGAUGAUCUCGAAAAUUAUAUUAUAGCGUCGAAGACGUUAGCAAAACAAGAACUAUAAUAAAAUGUGAUAUUUAUUACCUCAACCGAAUUUAAAUAUUAAUACAAAUUUACGAGUUUAGAAAAAAUACAGUCAAAAUUAUACAUA